GCUGGCCCGGCAGCAUGGCGGCGGCGGCGGGUCCCCCUCCGCCGGGGCCGCCUGAGCCUUCGCCGCCGCCGCCGCCCGAGGAGUCGUCGGACAGCGAGCCGGAGGCGGAGCCCGGGGCCCCGCAGAAGCUCAUCCGCAAGGUGUCCACGUCGGGCCAGAUCCGCCAGAAGACCGUCCUCAAAGAGGGCAUGCUGACCAAACAGAACAGCUCGUUCCAGCGCUCCAAAAGAAGGUACUUCAAGCUGCGAGGGCGAACCCUGUACUAUGCCAAGACUGCCAAGUCGAUCAUCUUUGACGAGAUGGACCUGACAGAUGCCAGUGUGGCCGAGUCUAGCACCAAGAAUGUUAACAACAGCUUCACGGUCAUCACCCCUUGUAGGAGGCUCAUCCUGUGUGCGGACAACAGGAAAGAGAUGGAGGAUUGGAUCGCAGCGCUCAAGACUGGCCAGAGCAGGGAGCACUUUGAGCCUACCCAGUAUACCAUGGACCACUUCUCGGGCACGCACAACUGGUAUGCCUGCUCCCACGCCAGGCCCACCCACUGCAACGUGUGCCGUGAGGCCCUGUCGGGGGUCACAUCUCAUGGGCUGUCUUGUGAAGUGUGUAAGUUCAAGGCCCACAAGCGCUGUGCAGUGCGGGCCAGCAACGACUGCAAGUGGACCACACUGGCAUCCAUCGGGAAAGACAUCAUUGAGGACGAGGAUGGGAUCUGCAUGCCUCACCAGUGGCUGGAGGGAAACCUGCCUGUGAGCGCCAAGUGUGCGGUGUGCGAGAAGACGUGCGGCAGUGUGCUGCGCCUGCAGGACUGGCGCUGCCUCUGGUGCAAGGCCAUGGUACACACAGCCUGUAAAGAUGCCUUAGCCACCAAGUGCCCCCUGGGUCUCUGCAAAGUGUCCGUCAUCCCUCCCACGGCACUCAACAGCAUCGACUCAGAUGGCUUUUGGAAGGCCUCGUGUCCUCCAUCCUGCACGAGUCCCUUGUUGGUCUUUGUCAAUUCCAAGAGUGGGGACAACCAAGGGGUGAAGUUCCUCCGGAGAUUCAAGCAGCUACUGAACCCUGCCCAGGUCUUUGACCUCAUGAAUGGAGGCCCACACCUCGGCUUGCGCCUGUUCCAGAAGUUUGACACCUUCCGGAUUCUGGUAUGCGGCGGGGACGGCAGCGUUGGCUGGGUCCUCUCUGAGAUUGACAACCUCAACCUUCACAAACAGUGUCAGCUUGGUGUGCUGCCACUAGGCACGGGGAAUGACCUGGCCCGUGUGCUGGGCUGGGGCUCAGCCUGUGAUGAUGACACCCAGCUCCCCCAGAUCUUGGAGAAGCUGGAACGAGCCAGCACCAAGAUGCUGGACAGGUGGAGUGUCAUGGCCUAUGAGACGAAGCUCUCGAGGCCGGCCACCGCCUCCACCUCUGCCACCGACUGGAACGAAGGCUCUGAGGUGCAGCAAAUCCUUUUCUACGAGGACUCUGUCGCUGCUCACCUUUCCAAGAUCCUCACAUCUGAUCAGCAUUCAGUGGUCAUCUCUUCGGCCAAGGUGCUCUGUGAGACGGUCAAGGACUUCGUGGCACGAGUGGGCAAGGCUUAUGAGAGGGCGACAGAGAGCUCAGAGGAGUCAGAGGACAUGGCCAAGAAGUGCUCUGUUCUGAAGGAGAAGCUGGAUUCUCUGCUCAAGACCCUGGACGACGAGUCCCAGGCCACAUCUUCUCUGCCCACACCACCCCCGACCAUUGCAGAGGAGGUGGAGGACGGCGAAGGCACAGGUGGCAGCUGCAGCUCCGCUGGGGACCGGCCCCUCGGCUCGGCGUGCUCUGCCCGUCCGCAGAUCUUCCGGCCCCGCGAACAGCUCAUGUUGAGAGCCAACAGCCUGAAGAAGGCCAUCCGCCAGAUCAUAGAGCACACAGAGCGAGCUGUGGAUGAACAGAACGCGCAGACGCAGGAACAGGAGAGCUUUCUCCUGGGGCUAUCGGACAAGAAGGACCUAUUGCCCUCCGACAGGCUGGGCCCUGGCCAGGGUGAGAGUGGCAGUGCCAAGGCCCGAAGCCUUCGUAAAGUGUCCAGGUCCCCCUGUGAGAAGCUGAUGAGCAAAGGAAGCUUAUCCCUGGGCAGCUCUGCAUCCCUUCCACCCCAGACAGGAAGCCGGGACAGCCUGCCGGCACUCAACACCAAGAUCCUUUUUCCCACUGUGCGUCCAGGGAUGUCUGGGUCAUUGCCGGGAGGCUCUGUCAUCAGUCGUCUGCUGAUUAACGCAGACCCCUUCAGCACGGAGCCCGAGAACCUCGACUGUUACACUGAAAAGUGCGUCAUGAACAACUACUUUGGCAUCGGGCUGGAUGCGAAGAUCUCACUGGACUUCAACAACAAGAGAGAUGAGCACCCCGAGAAGUGCAGGAGCCGCACCAAGAACAUGAUGUGGUAUGGGGUGCUGGGCACUAAGGAGCUGCUGCAUAGAACCUACCGGAACCUGGAGCAGAAGGUGCUGCUGGAGUGCGAUGGGCGACCCAUCCCCCUGCCCAGCCUCCAGGGCAUCGCAGUCCUCAACAUUCCCAGCUACGCCGGAGGGACCAACUUCUGGGGUGGUACCAAGGAAGAUGAUACUUUUGCAGCCCCAUCCUUCGACGACAAGAUCCUGGAGGUGGUUGCCGUGUUCGGCAGCAUGCAGAUGGCAGUCUCCCGGGUCAUCCGGCUGCAGCACCACCGCAUUGCCCAGUGUCGAACUGUGAAGAUCUCCAUCCUGGGAGACGAGGGUGUCCCUGUGCAGGUGGACGGCGAGGCCUGGAUCCAGCCCCCGGGGUAUAUCCGCAUCGUCCACAAGAACCGGGCACAGACGCUUACCAGGGACAGGGCAUUUGAGAGCACCCUGAAAUCCUGGGAAGACAAGCAGAAGUGUGAGCUGCCGCGUCCCCCCUCCUUCUCUCUGCACCCUGAAAUCCUUUCCGAGGAAGAGGCAACCCAGAUGGACCAGUUUGGGCAGGCGGCGGGAGCCCUCAUCCACAGCAUCCGGGAGGUCGCGCUGUCGCACCGGGACAUGGAACAGGAGCUGGCUCAUGCCGUCAACGCCAGCUCCAAGGCCAUGGAGCGGGUGUACGGAAGACCCCGGAGCUCAGAGGGCCUCCCGUGCAGCAGCGUCCUGGAGAUGGUGAGCAAUGUGAAGGCACUGCGCAGCGAAACGGAACUGCUGCUGGCCGGGAAGAUGGCCCUGCAGCUAGACCCUCCCCAGAAGGAGCGUCUGGGAGCUGCGCUCACGGAGAUGGACCAGCAGCUCAGGAAGCUGAUGGACACGCCCUGGCUGUGCCAGUCCCAGGAGCCAGGAGACGACGAGAACGCCAUCCUGGAUCUCUCCAAGCGCAGCCGCAGUGCCAAGUUCCGCCUCGUGCCCAAGUUCAAGAAGGAGAAGAACAACAAGAACAAGGAAGCACUCAGCAGCCUGGGCGCCCCGGCACACCUAUGGGGGCCGGAGGAGGUGGCGGCCUGGCUGGAGCGCUUGAGCCUCUGUGAAUACAAGGACACCUUUAUGCGUCAUGACAUCCGGGGCUCUGAACUCCUGCACCUGGAGCGAAGGGACCUCAAGGACCUGGGCGUGACGAAGGUGGGCCAUAUGAAGCGGAUCCUAUGCGGCGUGAAGGCGCUGAGGCGCGGUGGGCCUGCAGCCGAGGCCUAGUGGCAGCCCUGGUGGCCUGUGGCCCAGACGCAGCCCACGGAAGGCUGGUGCUCAUGGUGCUAGAAUCCCACCGCCUGGAUAGGACCCGCCAUGCCCGAGCGGAUCCACCAACGCAGCUACCUUGGCCGAGGGGCCCCUGUUCCUGGAUCCCCACGACCCGGCUCCAGUGGUGUGGGACCUGCCAGCAAGUUGUGGGCCCCGCAAAGUGCCCCCUUUCCUGCUGGCAGGUGGUGGCAUGUGCUUCAAGGCCUGCUUGCCUGGUUUUGGAGUGUCACCAGAGCCGGUGGCUGUCCCACUCAGCAGGGUCCCAGGGCUGGGCUGCUGCCUCCUCUGACCAGGGACCAAAUCCAUCCUGAUCACUUCCAGGAUGCUAUGGGUGAUGGACUUGGUGGGGAGGCUCUGAAAACGCCUCUCACCUCUGGGGCCAGGUUGGGGCAGGGUAAGGGACAUCCCAGGUCACACUGCUGGGACCCUGCUUCCUACUGCGGACUCAGUGUGUGCUUCCAGAGGAAUGAGGUUCUCAGAGGGGUUCAGGACCCACAGGGCCCUGUGCUGCAGAUUCGUGGGCUCCCGUCUCUGGCUUGGGGCCGCUCCCACUCUUCCUUUGCCCAGGCUCCCAAGCCAGGCAGGAGAUGCCUCGGGUUCUCCCGUCUUCCCAUGCAGUGCUUGCCUCCACAGGACAGCCGCUGGGGAAGAGGGAGGAGGGAGGAGGGAGGAGGGAAAGGGCCAAGCUGGGCCUGGGAGCAGCAGUUUCUGGGCUGCAACUCGUCUCAGCACUCGGCAAUGGUGACAGUGACAGUGUCAGCACAGCAAGGCGGGGGCUUGUGGGCUGUCCUGCCAGAGGGACCCCCGUACCCCGGAGCAAAGGCGUGAGUCCUCUCCUAUUUAUGACCCUAAUUUAUACAGUACCCCCGAGGAGCCCAGGCCUUUGUAAUGCUGUGUACAGACCUACUUCCAGUGUGAGCCCCAUUCCAUGUAAAAUAAAACGCCUGUUUUCAUCUUC